AUGUCAGAAGAGGCACCCUGGGGAUAUUGGUCUAAUGGACUUGAGAUGCUCAAUGUUGUGGGAUGUGCAAUGAUUCUCAGAAAACUGAACUCUGAGUCGUAUCAUUGUUUUACGGAACUAAUGAAGCUUUGUGGCUAUAUGGCAGUGGAAUCUGGAAGUGUGCAGAAUUCGAGGAAUUCUUCUACAAUUAUGUCAAAACGUAGGAUGGGAAUUGGGGCUACUUAUCACAAACAACUGCAGGGUAGGGAAUGCAACUUCAAGUGGAACGAACUAGAGAAAAUGAGUCGCAUCUAUGCUGAUUGGAUUGAAGAUAUCCCCCUUGUACAUGGCUCAUCAAGCAAAGCGGAGUGCUGA